AUUUUUUUGACCGGUUUAUUUUCUAUCUGUCAGCAUGAGUGAGGAGGAGAAAUGGCCCGAAAUAGAGAAAGCAGCGGCAGAGAAGAGACGUGAGCUGGUUUUACAGGGCAGAGCUAUAAAUGAGAGGAUUUCCUCCAGCGGGGGGCUUCCCUCCUCUCUUUAUUCCCUCCGUCUACUUAAUUAUCUGGAAGUUAGCCAAUGUCCGAGUUUGGCAGAGAUCCAAGAGGGAAUCCAACACCUGACCAACCUCCAGAGCCUCAUCCUAUGCAGGAACAAGCUGACGUCCGUCCCAGAUGUGAUCGGCAUCCUGACGUCCCUGAAGGUCCUGGAUCUGUCGGCCAACGGCCUGAAAGGUUUGCCGGAGGGGAUCACCCAGUUAAAGGAACUGAAUACUCUAAAUGUAAGCUGCAACUGCUUGGAGGCUCUUCCUGAUGGGCUGAGUCAGUGCACCAAGCUGGCGACCAUCAAUGUCUCAAAGAACCAGCUCACUGCUUUGCCCCCUGACCUCUUCUCUGAGCGGCUGGAUCUGCUCAGCACCCUGGUGGCUUCUGAUAACUCAAUCCACCAGCUGAGUGGGGAGAUUUACAAGCUAUCAGCUCUGAAGGUGCUGGAUGUUUCAAACAACAAGCUUAGUGAGAUCCCUACAGAUCUGAGCGACUGCCCCAAGUUAAAGGAGGUCAACUUUAAGGGCAACAAGCUAAGCGAUAAACGCCUGGAGAAGAUGGUCAACGGCUGUCAGACCAAGUCAAUCCUGGAGUAUCUGAGAGGGAAAGGAAGACAGGGGGAAGAGGGAGGCGACGCUGACAAGAAAAAGAAGCAGCAGCAGAGGAAGAAGAAGGGGAAGAAGGCAGAGGAGCAAGACGAGGUGGAGGAGCUGAACAAGAUGGUGGUGAGGGUGCUUCACGCCUCCGAGGCAUCAACAGCACUCACAGUUAAGGUCAGCGCUGAGGUCAAAGAUGUCCGACCGUACCUGGUGUGCUGCCUGGUCAGCGGGUUGAACCUGAAACCAGGGAAUGCUCUGAAACGCUUCUUGAUGGCUCAGACAAAGCUCCAUGAUGAUUUGUGCGGUAGAAGAACGACUGCAACUAUAGCGACCCACAAUGCGCAGCUUGUGAAACACCCGCUGGUCUAUGAUGUAAAACCACCCACCCAACUGAAGAUCGUGGCCCUGGGUCGGAGGGAGAUGACAGCUGUGGAGCUGAUAAGGCAGCUUCAUUUAGAGGCUGACGAGCUCAGGAAGCAGAAGAAGAGGCAGAAUGUGACUGGCCUCCACAAAUAUCUGCAGCUUUUGGAAGGAAAGUCUUUCUAUCCCUGUUUAGUGGAUGCAGAGGGAGACGUGAUCUCCUUCCCACCGAUCACUAACAGUGAAAAAACCAAGAUAAAGAAGACAACCAAAGAGUUGCUGGUAGAGGUGACGAGCUCGACCAGCUUGCAGACCUGCAAAGAUGUCAUGGAUGCUUUGAUCGUAAAAAUGGCAGAAUUAAACAAGUUCACAGCUGAGCAUAAGGAGCUAGCAGGGUCAGACGGAGAGGCUGAUGAAGCCCCAGAGCCAGCCACCGUCACUGAGACCUCCAGCCAACUCAUCGUCCAGCAGGUCCGAACCGUCGACCAGGACGGAAACCUGAAGGUCGUCUACCCGUCAAAAACGGACCUCUCCAAAGAAAUCAGUAACAUAACAGUGAUUUGGUGAAAAGGCUUUUUGUGUGAAUGCCCUUUAACAUCUGAUGGAUUAUUUUUAAUCUUUUGGAUCCUAAGCUAACAUCAAUUUUGAUUUCAAGCAUCAGAUCGGUAUUACACAUGUACAAAUAAUCACAUUUGUAUGAAAAACUUCCUGAGUAAAACUGUACUCUUUUUAAUUGUAUUUAAUUAAAAGAAAUUGGCAGAAAAAAAUCUUUACUUUCUAAUACAAGCAUCCCGACA